AUGUCUUCUCGCUAUAGUGACGACAACAAGGAAACGUUGAGUACUAUUUUGAGUACGUUAAAGGAUCUAAAAUCCGACAUAAGCUCGUGUACUACGACAAUAGCCAACUUAGAAAACAACUACACGUCUAACGGCGAUUCGGGAUCUCUCCAAGAAGACCAAGAUCUUGAAACUCUCGAACGGGAAAGCGAUACGAUAUCGGUUUUGGCGGGAAACGAUUUCGACCGCUCAAAUUGGGAUCAACAAGACGAUUUGGCUUUGCAGCCACCUGUUUCGGCUAUUCAGCCCUCAAAUCCGACUAUUCAGCCACCAAAUCCGGCUACUCAGCCACCAAACCCGGCCAUUAAGCGAUCAAAUUCGGCUUGUUAG